AGGGUACUGUGGAUGAGAAAACUGCUGCACCCUUAUCACAAGCUGGAAGCCAAGAGGAUGAUGUGUCUAUAGAGCAGGGCUUGGUUCAAACAAAACGCCUGAGUUCAGCAAAAGACAGAAACCACACAGAGACCUUCCUAUCGCAGUGAGGAGGGUGAAGUAAAGCACAGAGGAGCUUAGAAGUGUCGUAGGUUUUAGGCGCAGAAUUAACAGCAGCCUUUUUACAGCGCUGAACCACAGUGAAAGGUUACAUAACCAGGAGUAGCCUGAGCGGUUGUGCCUUUUUUUAGAGCCAGUUGAUGAGAAAUGUGUGAAGACAGUGCGUAAAUUGGGAGGGAGCCAGAGCUCCUGGGAGCUGCGAAUGUAAAGGUUUUAACGAUAACCAGGCGCGAAGUUGGUGUUUUUUUCUAAUUUGAAGGGACGAGAUGCUCAACGUCGAAUAGGAAGACGAUGCGAUCACAUCAACUUCCUCUCUGACGGCUGCAUGGGGGCAUGUAAAAGGGUUUAUCCCUUUCAGUCAGUGUCUUUGGUGUACUGGAGCGGAGCACUUUAGUAAACACUGGUCUGGUGUCUCACAGUUUCUGUCGUUUUCAAUUACUGAGUGAGUCUGGUUUAGAAAGCUAGCAUUCGGAGCUGGUAAUACACACUGUGCAUCUAAUACCAUCCUCUGCAACCGAAAGGAAGGGACACACUGAGUUGUUUUUAUCGUUUGAUUUGUUUUGCUGUCGUUUGGGGGACCUGCUUGGCAGCCACUUGGCACUUGGGCAAUGCCAUGGUGGGUUCCCACACUCGGCAUGGUGUCCCUGGCCGUGCUGUACUUGGCGACCAGGCUGUAUUUCGGGUGGAGUUUGACGGAGAGGUGUUUGCUGAAGGGAGCCCAGAGCCCGGGGGACACUGAUGUGCCGAGGCUGGUCUACAAACCCUCCGCCCUCGCCAAGUACCUGCUCAGGAGCUGCCUGAGCUUCAGCUCGGGAGCGCCGUGCCGCUGUACCUGGAGCAAGCUGCCCCACCUGCAAACUCUCUGGAAUGUGUUCUGGCCCCCGGGAACCGCCGUCCACUUCGUCCGGGAUUACCUGCAGUUGGCCGACGAGGGUCUGGUGGCACUGGACUGGGCAGUGCCCUCCACCUCGGGCAGGAGAAGAGCCUCCAGCAACUCGCCGGCGCCCAUCGUCCUCGUUAUCCCCAACUCCUUCGGCAAGAUCACCAGGAACGUGGUGGAGCUAUGUGCCUCAGCCCUGGCUUAUGGCCACCGUCCAGUGAUUUUUAAUAGAAGGUGCCAGAAUGGAAGUCUUUUAACUACAUUGAAGCUGCAACAGUUUGGUGAUCCAUCUGAUCUGAGGGAAGCAGUCAGAUACAUUCGAUACAAGCAUCCAAAUGCCAGACUUUUCACUGUAAGUGAGAGCACAGGAGCUGGGCUUUUGCUCUCUUAUCUUGGAGAGUGUGGAUCUUCCAGUUAUGUGACAUCUGCAGCCUGCAUCUCACCUGUCUUCAGGUAUCAGGAAUGGUUUGAAAUAGGACUGCCUUGGCUUUAUCAAUGGUUUGUACUCCUUUACCAAAAAACCUGGCUCAGCAGGUAUGCCACUGCACUGGGAGAGAUCAUUGACAUGGAUAAGUUGUUUGCCACACGUACUUUGAAGGAGAUGGAAGAGGUACUGUUCUGUCAAACAAAGAAGGGCAACCUAUCCUGGGAUUUGUACUGGGAGAAGAAUGAUCCAUUACGAGAUGUGGAUGAGGUUGCUGUGCCAGUACUGUGUAUUUGCAGCCAGGAUGAUCCAUGCAGAGGGGACCCCGACUUGACCCUGCCGUUUGAGCUUUUCGAAACUAACCCCCAUUUUUUCCUAUUGUUAACUAAACAUGGUGGCCAUUGUGGCUUCUUGAAGAGCAGGUCCUCUGCAUGGAGUCAUGAGGUAUUACUAGAGUAUUUUAAAUCUGUCAGUGAGUUCUUCAUGACUGAGGAAAGGACAAAAAGCUUUUCAAAAAGAAAAUGUGCGGGGUCUGGAAACUCCAUGUCUUAUAAAUGUGGCAGAGGCAACAGCUUCAAAACAGAUUCAUUUUGCUCUCAUAACAUCCAUGAUAUUUUUAACUGGCAGCGGUCCUAUACCAGGUGAUUAAAAAUUAGAAUCACACAGGAAAUGAUUGCUCUUAAUAACCUCAAGUGUCAAACUGAUGCAGCCCUUUUUGAUGUGGAUCAUCAAGUGAAACCUCAUUGGCCUAGAUAAGGGUUCAGCAUUUCAUUUUUUCAUGGGGCUCAUGUUUGUUGAGGUUUGAACAUCUUAUUAAUUUCCAGGCAGCUAGAAAAAACAUUUUUUGACUAAUGAAAAUGCACCUACAUACAAUGCAUUACUGGUAAAGAGUCCCCAUUAUUUUAAGUUACAAAUUAAUUUAAAAAAGGGUUAAAAUGUCUCACAUUGGGACCUGCCAAUGUGUUUGAGUCUUAUAGGAAAUCUUAUAUCACAGAGAUAACUGGGUAAAGUUUGCUAUAACAAAUGGAGCUAUGUUAACUGUUUGUUAUAAUCAAACUGGAUUUUUAAACUUUGUGAAAACACUUUAGUCAACAAUUAAUCUCUUACGCUUUUGAGAAACUUCAAAUAACAAGCCAAAAUGCAAAGGGCAAGUUAGGCUUAGCUUCUGUAUUAUCUCCAACCUACUUAUUAAAAGAAAGUAACAGUAAGGAUACUGAUUACUGUUUCAUGAUUCAGUGUGGUUGGAACAAAUGUUUUUGGUGGUGUAUAUUUUGUAAGUUCAAGAUUGCAUUUGACAUCAGCUGAUACAAAGAGUUAAUGUGGAGAAGUUUAGUGUUAAAAUAUGUAUAACUGCCAACAGUGCAACUUGAAAAAUGGUGUUUUACAGAUGUAUUCAUUCAAAAUGAUGGAUGUCUUGUUUUACAUAUCUGUGGUUUUAUAUUUAUUGUAUCUAUUCAAUGUGCCUGAGCAGUGAUCUGCUCCUAGACAUGAAACCUACCCAUUUUGCACCCCAAUCCCCUUUACAGGAAGUCUCAUUUAUCUUCUAGCUUUUAAUUUUGAAAUAAAAUAUUCAAUAUCA